CUCGCCCCUCCCGCGGCCCCAGGCGCCGCCGCUCGCCUGAGUCCCUGCGCCCGCGGAGCUGGCGGCUUCCCCGCGGCGCUGGCGGUGUCCGGGCCCCGCGCGCGCCGGCGGCUCCCCUCCCGGGAAAAGCCCUACUUGUGAAGGUGGAGGAAGGACCUGAUUCUUGCUGGGAGCACGUGUGAUUCUUAACCCAGGGUGUACAGAAGGUUCUGGAAUUAUCUCUUGUUGCCUUUCAGAGAUGCCGGCUAACCUAUAGACUUGCUUGAAGCCAGAGUCAUGGUGGAUGUCGGGAAGUGGCCAAUCUUCACCCUGCUCUCGCCUCAGGAAAUCGCGUCUAUUCGGAAGGCAUGUGUCUUUGGCACCUCAGCCAACGAAGCCUUGUAUGUUACUGAUGAUGAUGAGGUCUUUGUAUUUGGACUGAACUACAGCAACUGUCUUGGAACUGGAGAUAAUCAGAGUACACUUGUCCCCAAAAAGCUAGAAGCCUUGUGUGGAAAGAAGAUAAAGAGCCUUAGUUAUGGGAGUGGACCCCAUGUUCUUCUCAGCACCGAAGAUGGAGUUGUUUACGCCUGGGGCCACAACGGAUAUAGCCAGCUUGGAAAUGGGACGACCAAUCAAGGCAUUGCCCCCAUCCAAGUCUGUACCAAUCUCUUGAUCAAGCAAGUGGUUGAAGUAGCCUGUGGUUCUCAUCACUCUUUGGCUCUGGCGGCUGAUGGAGAGGUGUUUGCUUGGGGCUACAACAACUGUGGUCAAGUGGGCUCAGGCUCUACAGCAAAUCAGCCGACUCCUCGAAAAGUCACAAACUGUUUACACAUCAAGAGGGUGGUAGGCAUUGCCUGCGGCCAGACCUCGUCCAUGGCUGUUCUGGACAACGGUGAGGUCUAUGGCUGGGGUUAUAACGGCAAUGGUCAGCUAGGCCUGGGCAACAAUGGCAAUCAGCUGACCCCUGUGAGAGUGGCAGCUCUGCACAGCGUGUGCGUCAACCAGAUUGUCUGCGGCUAUGCACACACUCUAGCACUAACCGAUGAGGGCUUGUUGUAUGCCUGGGGAGCUAACACGUAUGGGCAGUUGGGAACUGGCAAUAAAAAUAACCUGCUAAGCCCAGCACACAUCAUGGUGGAGAAAGAAAGGGUGGUAGAGAUUGCAGCCUGCCAUUCUGCCCACACCUCUGCCGCCAAGACCCAGGGUGGGCACGUGUACAUGUGGGGCCAGUGCCGGGGCCAGUCCGUGAUCCUGCCUCACCUCACCCACUUCUCCUGCACCGACGACGUGUUCGCCUGCUUCGCCACGCCCGCCGUCUCGUGGCGCCUCCUGUCUGUGGAACAUGAAGACUUUUUAACAGUUGCAGAGUCACUAAAGAAAGAAUUUGACAGUCCAGAAACUGCUGACUUGAAGUUCCGAAUCGAUGGGAAAUUUAUCCAUGUGCACAAAGCUGUUUUGAAAAUCAGGUGUGAGCACUUUCGAUCUAUGUUCCAGUCUUACUGGAAUGAGGACAUGAAGGAGGUGAUAGAAAUAGACCAGUUUUCCUACCCUGUGUACCGUGCCUUCCUGCAGUACCUCUACACGGAUACCGUCGAUCUGCCACCCGAGGAUGCCAUCGGUCUCCUGGACUUGGCGACGUCUUACUGUGAAAACAGACUGAAAAGACUCUGCCAGCACAUCAUCAAACGAGGCAUCACCGUGGAGAAUGCCUUUUCGCUGUUCUCUGCUGCAGUCAGAUACGAUGCAGAGGAUUUAGAAGAAUUCUGCUUUAAGUUUUGCAUCAAUCAUUUGACAGAAGUCACACAGACUGCAGCAUUCUGGCAAAUGGACGGCCCUCUGCUAAAGGAGUUCAUUGCUAAAGCCAGUAAAUGUGGAGCCUUUAAGAACUGACGCCCAAGGCUGCUGGGCUGUGUGAGUGCUCUGGGGUGCGGGUGAUGGUGUGUCGCUCAGGGGGCCCCCACCCCCUCGCCCCCCGCUGUGAUUCUGCUGGUGCUGUGAUCUGCAGGUAACAAUCCCAUCAGGCUGUGGAGGACUCUGAAGGCUGUCUGCUCUCCUCGCCCCGCCUAAACGACUGUCUCCAGUGUGUAUUGUCAGUGAGGCCUGACUGGGCUGGACCACUGGCCCAGGGGGAGGGUUUAGCAGGCCGCUUUCUGCUGCUGAUUCAGAUGAGAGGAACGUCUGUACUCGGACAGGGGGUGCUCAUGUCCCUGUGCCACAGCAGCACCCCUCUCCAUGCCCCAGGAGCCGGGGGAGUUAGUGAAUCGUGCAAUAGAUGGAGCUGCCCCCACUCCCCUCUAGACACGUGGGGCUCACUGAAGCGCUGCAUUGGUUGUUCUUUGGCAGCCUGACUGUGAAGGGACAGUUAGGUUCUGAAGGAUUUUGUUUAUGUGUUUGUACUGUUAAUGGCUUUUUGUAACUUCAUGUAUAUCAAAAAUAAUAUCCAAUUUAGUAUGAAUUAAGCCUAUCGAAAUGAUAAUCAUGUAAGAUAUAAAUUUCUAGAUUGACUUAAGCACAUAGGAGUACUAAAUUAGACUACUGUGAGAAGUUGAUAAACUUCCUUUGGACAAGUUUUAUAAAAUUAGAAUCUCCAUUGCUAUCCAGUGGUAUUUUAUUAAGAUAAAAUUUGAGAACUUAUUCAAAAUGUGAAGUUGCCCCUUUUUUUCAAUCCUAAGAGGAAAAUGACGACACAAGUCAGUAGACUCUUGGCUUUCUGAGCCAUGGCUGUGACAUCAUCAGAUCUGCUAAAUGACUCAAAGAAGUGGUUUUUAAAACCAGCUUCCUUAUGAACUUAAGGAAUUUUAGCUAGGCCUGAUUCCACCCCAAAUUUCCAUAUUUCAGAUAUAGCCACCUUUGACUUUUGAUUUUUCUCUCUCGUUUUGAGGUAUAAUAUUUAGUGCAAUUUAAUUAAAAAAAUUUUUUUAAUUAAAUCACAGUGAGAUGCACAGUUACAAGGUUGUUAAUGAUUGGGCUUCAGUUAUACAAUGUUCCAACACCAUCCCUUCACCAGUGUACAUUUACCACCACCAGUGUCCCUCGUUUCCCUCCCACCACUUCCCAGCCCCUCAUCUGCCUCUGUGGCAGUGCUGUUUAACUUGUAAAAAGGAUCAAAAUGAUAGUUUUCUGAGAAGUUCCUAUGUAAAAUCAUCUUGCCAGUUUUGUGGUUGUUUUUUUGUUGUUGCAGGUUUCUUGGUUUGGGGGUGUUUUUGUUUUGUUUUUCGUCUGGUCUGGUUAUGUGACUGGAUAGCAAGGACGUUUACUGGCCUUCGAGUUCUGUGCCCCAGGCCACACUGACCUCCUGGGAGACAUGCCUCUGCUCUGCCCUCAGCUGGACCCGCUCCUCUCGCCUACUCCCUUCCCUCCCAGACAGGAGCAGAACAACAUUAUUGGCAAAAUGGUGAAGAUAUACGGUGGCUCCUCUAGUAGCAGGUGUUUUUCAGUGUCUGAUGGGAGGUGGCGAGUCGGGGAGAGGAACUAGAGAAGGAGGCCCCAGACAGGAGUCACGCAGUGUUGCAUGCCCCAGCAGCCUGCCCCUGCCUUGUUUGAUCAUCUUGCGGAUGUUUGAAGCUCAGUGAAUUAUUAGUCAGGAUUAGUUUUGCAGAAAGAUAGAAUUUUUCUUAGGUUGAUAAAUGCACAUUAAUUUAUUAACUAGGAUGGGUAGUAUUUGUAACGAUCACUGUAGGCAUAUCAUUGUCACACACAAGAACUUCAGUAUGUUUACUAUUGCUCUUACUUGAAAAAAUACCCCCCCAGGCACAAAUAAAAGUAGUAAAUCCAUUUUCAUAGAUCAUUCAUUCAUUCAACAGAUAUUUAAUGAGUUCUUACUGUAGGUGAAGAACCACUUCUCAUGUUAGUUGAUGACUGAAUACUUUAUAUGAAUGUAGUAAAGAGAAUAGGAGUAAGUCUUACACAAAGUAACUUAUCUUUUUUUAAAAAAAUACUCUUAUUUUUCUACUUGGUUUUGUUGUUAAUUAUAGCAGGAGAUGAAAAUUAUUCUUUGAAUUGCUUUUUUUCACCUGGUGUAGUCUAAAAGCCAAAGUAUUAAUUUUUCUUGAAAUAGCCCGUGAUGUUAUCUUGAACUUUUUCUUUUUUGUGAUACUGGGGAUUGAACCCAGGGUCUCCCAUGCAAAAGCAGGCACUGGACCACUGAGCUGCAGCCCUGGCCUUACUCUUGAACUUCUUACUGGAAUAAUGUUUGAUACCAUAGAAUAUAGGCUGCAUUUAUGUAAUGUUUAGAGUGGCAUAUUAAUAAAUAAAAUAGUCUAUUACAACAGG